AUGAAAAGAUUAAAGUAAAAAGAAAAAAAGAAAAAUGAUAACAAGAUUAAAAAAAAUAAAUUAGUCUAGAAGAAGAUAGAUAAAACUUCUUUAAAAUAAAAAUAAAGUAAUAAAAAAUUAAGACUUUAGGAUAAGCAAUAGAAGAUUUAAAUAAUCAAGAGAAGGAUCUUAAAUAGAGUAAAAAUUCAAAAAAAUCAUCCCACGAAUUCAUUAAUCAAGGUCUUUCUUUAAUAAGUCAAGGAAAAUUUGAAGAAUCAUUAAAAAUAUUUGAUCAAGCUAUUAAAAUGGAUCCAAAAAAUGAUUAAGCUUAUAUUAACAAAAGUAUUGAUUUUUAAAAUAGUAGGUGCUGCACUAAUUGAAUUAAACUAAUUAGAAAAAAGUUUAUAGACUAUUAAUUUGGCAAUUAAAAUAAAUCCAAAAAAUGAUGAAGCAUAUAAUAAAAAAGGUAUUAAAUUAUAUAAUUUUAGGUGUUGCUUUAUUUCAUCUGAAUAAAUAAAAGGAAGCAGAAAUUCAAUUUUUAAAAGCAAUAACUCUCAAUCCUAAUAAUGAAUAGGUUCAAUUUAAUAUGGGUAUUAAUUAAUAUUUAUAUAGGAAAUUUGUUAAGAGAAGAGAAUAGACAUAGUGAAGCAAUCAAUCAUUAUAAUUAGGCGAUUAAGAUUAAUCCAUAUGAUAUCGAAUAUUAUAUGGAAAAAGGUAAUGCGAAAAUAAAGUUUAGGAUUUUGUUUAUAAAUAACUCAGCAAUAUAAAAAUGCAGUUGAAUGUUUUGAUCAAGCGCUUAACUUAAAGCCAGACGAUAAAAUGGCCUAAAUUUUGUUAAUGAAUUAAGGUAAAUAACUAAGCUAAAAAUUCAAUUUUGUAGGUUAUUCAUUAAACUGUAUUAAGUCUUGCAAGGAAGAAUUAGAUUGCUACCAUAAAGUACUUAAAAUAAAUCCCAAACAUAAAGAAGCUAAAAAAUUAAUAGGUAUUUUUAAUAAAAAUAAAUAGAGUAAAUAUUAACAUAAGAAUAAAUGAUGAAAUAAACUAAUUAUAAUUAACAAAAAUAGAAAAUAAAAUAACAAUAAAAAAAGCAAGAAAAAUAAUGA